AUGCUGCUCAACAUCAAAUCAAUCGUGGAUAACGGGAAGAAGGAAGAUUUUGGCGGCGAUAAGGAGCGUUCGAUUGGCAAUACGAAGGAUACGAUCGAGGUGGCAAAGUAUUUGAUUGGCGAGACAAAGGAUUCGAUUGGCGAGACGAAGGAUUCAAUUGGCGAGCCGAAGGAUUCAAUUGGCGAGAAGAAGGAUUCGAUUGCCGAGACGAAGGAUUUGAUUAGAGAAAGGGAGCGGAAAUUUUUGGCAGAACAUUUCGGCAAAUUAUUAAAUCAAGAACCCAAGAUGUCAAACACAGGGGAACAAAACACAGAACAAUCAGUGAUAUAUCAACAGCAGAAAGCAGAGAUGUCAGAACUUAAGGACUCAAUGAAACACAUGCAGGAUAUGAUGAUGACAUUGAUAAAUCAAGCCAAAGCACCACAGAAUGUACCGGUACCAGAAACUCCACCACCGCGUGGACCUUCAUUACGAUUUGCAACCUCAACACCGUAUACGGGAAUUGCCGGAGCAGAAACUACUAUUGGAGCGGGAGAAGAAAGCUUGUUAGGAUUAGCGGUAACCUCAUCUGAAGAAAAAGUGGAAUUAUUCAUCAAGCGCGUGGAGAAGAUUGCUUCCUUGCACAAAGCUGGCGGACAAGACGUGGCUCUUCAGUUACCUUUUAUGGUUAAAUCUAAGAAGAUCAGUGAAUGCAUUGAGAAUAUGGAAGGACACGAGAAUCGGGAUUGGGACUUGUUGAAGAAGGAAAUGAUUCGUAAAUGGGGACGGGCAACACCACUCAGACGAUUUAACGAGGAUUCGGUUUCGAUAUUGGUCAGCAAGACGUGA